ACAUUUGGAUCAUGGCCAACAGAGUGAGCUCCUAGCAGAGGUGUGACCAAGUCAUUGCUUUGCAAGUCACAAGUAAGUCACAAGUCUUUUCUGUCAAGUCUCGAGUCAAGUCCAAGUCAAAGACAAUCAAGUCCAAGUCGAUUCCAACGUCAUUGAUGUGGAAGUCCAAGUCAAGUCCAAGUCCUUAACUUUGAGUUUUCAAGUCAUAAUCAAGUCAUCUGUCCAACUUCAAUUUAUUGGCAAUGAUAAUAACUAAGAUCCAGAAAUAAUUCUUCUUAAAGCUUCAUUUAUUUGCUCAAACAAGCAGGAAGUGCAACUGAAACUGAUUAUAAACAAAGUGCUGCGGCAUUUAGCAGAACAAGAUUACACCCAGAUCGAAGAAUGGUUUAUGAUUUUUGUCCAUGUUGUGUCACUUUUAUGCUAAAUAUCAAAUAUGCUCAUGUCAUCAUCAAGUCAACAGAUGCAAGUCGAUUCAAGUCGCAAGUCGUUGGCAUACAAGUCCGAGUCAAGUCGUAAGUCUUUAUAGAUUUUAAGUCAAGUCAGAAGUCAUUAAAAUAAUGACUUGAGUCUGACUCAAGUCCAAGUCAUGUGACUCGAGUCCACACCUCUGGCUCCUAGACACAAGAGGUUGAAAUGUGCUCAGACCUUAGAGUGGCUGGGGUCAGAUAAGGUGAUGUGGUCAGAGUAAAGCUUCUGCUCCCAACAUCAAAUGGAGUAAGAUGAGGUGAUUCAGGAAUCUGGCAAUGUUGCGUCCUAGUUAUCUUCCUCAUGAGGUUUUCCAGGGAUGUCCCACUGGAUGUUAACCCUGAAGCUGACUCAGACAUUGCCGGAGAGAUUAUAAAUAAUCUCUUACCUGGGAAUGUCCUAGGAUCCAAUAGGAGAAACCGGAGAAUGUCGCUGAGAAGAGGGAUGCUUGGAUUUCCCUGCUGGAUCUGACACCUGAACAACAAACUCAAGAUCAGAGGAAUGACAUGAGGCUCAAUCAGGAUGAUAAAUGUGAAAAAGACCUUUGUGUUUCCCUGGAUUUUGGUUAGGGUUCCUCAUGGUAGAUUGUUUAUCCAUGAUUUUGACUGACAACACAAACAAAAUAUAUCUCUGACCUUUCAGCUUUGUGGAGCAUCUUUCUUCUCAAAGUUAGGUGGGAGUGAGCUUCAAUGACGUAGGUGAAGAGGCCAGUGAAACCACAGCCUCACCACAUGCCUAAGCUGUUGCUUGUAGGGCGGCGCAGCUCUAAUUCAUCCAACAACUUUUCAUUGCACGUGCCUCACUGUCCCAACAUGCCUUCACCUCUACAUGUGUGGUGUGCCUCACAGGUGUGUGAAGCAGGGGGACCUAAUGAAGGACCAGGAGCAGCAGGCGUACUGGCAGGAGACGGGCCGAUGGGCGGGCGGCGAGGAGAGCUUGGACCCCGAGGCAGGGGUCUGGGCGUCCUUACAAAUCUCCUACCUCACCUUCAAAGGCCUCAUCCAGCUGCGCCGCACCAUGAACACUGUUGUGACCAUUUUUGACUGUGCGGAGAAGACUCUAGCCACUAUCGCUGAGAAGAUGGUGGCUGAGAUGGUUAAAAAGAAGGAGAUCAAGUCUGGCGACCAGGAAGGAGUGCUGAAAUCUCUGCUCCAAACCCGCAGCGAGUCAACUGAUCCAGAAAGUCAAAAGCUGACAGACGGAGGAGACCUGCACAGAUUUUCAGUCAAAGACAGAAAAGAUGAAUGUGAUCACGUCGAGGCAUCUAUGGUGUUAGUUGGAGCUUUAGACUUUCUGGAGAAAGCCACAAUUGUUUUUGUGCGUCUGAAGGAAGCUGCAGUGCUCGACUCGGCCCUGGAGGCCCCGGUGCCUGUUCGCUUUAUCUGUGUUCUGGUUGGACCCAGCAAGUCUGACAUGGACUACCAUGAGACGGGUCGAGCCAUGGCAGCUCUAAUGGCUGAUAAAGUGUAUAACCAGGUAGCGUUUCAGGCGAGGAGUGCCAGAGAGCUGACGGACGCUUUGGUGGAAUUCAUUGACUGCAGCAUCAUCGUCCCACCAACCGAAAUCAAAAAUGAAGCUAUGCUUAGUUCUAUAAUCAGCUUUCAGAAGAAAAUACUGAAGGACAGGCUGCAGACCACUCCAGACCUCACACCUCACAGGAACUCAGAGACUCGCAGAGUUUCUUUUGCCAGUGGCUCUCCUGCCGAUGAUCCGCUUUCCCGCACUGGUCGACCCUUUGGUGGCAUGAUUAGAGACUUUAAGAGACGCUACCAAUACUAUAAGAGUGACAUCACAGAUGCCUUGAAUGCCCAGGCUCUUGCUGCCAUCAUCUUCAUCUACUUUGCGGCCUUGUCUCCUGCCAUCACUUUCGGAGGCUUGUUGGCUGAUAAAGUGGACAACAUGAUGGGUGUACCUGAGCUCCUGAUUUCCACCAGCAUUCAGGGCAUAAUUUUCUGCUUUGUUGCUGCUCAGCCCAUCCUGGUGAUCGGUUUCUCAGGUCCUCUUUUAGUGUUUGAGGAAGCCUUCUUUGCAUUCUGCAAAUCCCAGGACAUUGAAUACAUAGUUGGGAGGGUGUGGGUUGGAGUCUGGCUCAUCAUCAUUGUGGUGAUCAUCGUGGCCUUUGAGGGCAGCUUCCUAGUGCGUUACAUCUCACGCUUCACCCAGGAGAUCUUCUCCAUCCUCAUCUCCAUCAUCUUCAUUUAUGAAACUUUUGCCAAAUUGGGGAGGAUCUUCAAGGAGCAUCCACUGAUUUUAAAUUACGAUCAUUUGAACGGAACGCUGGAAAAUCCUUGGCACACAAAGGUGGAAGAGAGCAUCAUCUAUGACAACAUAACUGGCAACAUAUCUGUUAUUGUCAAAACGAUAAAACCACCUUACCCCAACACAGCCCUCCUCUCCAUGUGCCUUAUGUUCGGCUGUUUCUUUAUCGCCUUCUUCCUGCGCCAGUUCAAGAAUGGGACAUUUCUUCCUGGAAAGGUCAGGCGUUUGAUGGGUGACUUUGGUGUCCCUAUUGCCAUUUUCCUUAUGAUUGUUGUAGACUACAACAUUGAGGAUACCUACACUCAGAAAUUAGUUGUUCCCAAAGGUUUGAUGGUGUCCAACCCAGCCAAAAGAGGUUGGCUCAUCAACCCAUUUGGAGAGCACAAGUCUUUCCCUGUGUGGUUGAUGUUUGCAUCCUGCGUUCCAGCCUUACUCGUCUUCAUCCUUAUCUUCCUGGAGUCUCAGAUUACAACUCUGAUCAUUAGUAAACCUGAGAGGAAGAUGGUCAAAGGUUCUGGGUUCCACUACGACCUGCUUGUUCUAGUUGGCAUGGGAGGACUUGGUGCCAUAUUUGGAGUGCCGUGGCUCAGUGCUGCUACGGUUCGAUCUGUCACCCAUGCCAACGCUCUUACUGUCAUGAGCAAAGGGCAAAAACCAGUGAUAGAGAGGGUGCUGGAGCAGAGGGUCAGUGGCAUCGUUGUAGCCUUGCUUGUUGGUCUGUCAAUUCUGAUGGAGCCGAUCCUAAAGAUGAUUCCCAUGUCAGCGUUGUUUGGGAUUUUCCUCUACAUGGGAGUUACAUCACUGAAUGGCAUCCAGCUUUGGGAUAGAAUGCUGCUGCUGCUCAUUCCUAAGAAAUACCACCCCAAUGAACCCUACGCCACCAGAGUAAGCACAGGACGAAUGCACUUGUUUACAGCAAUCCAGAUGGUGUGUCUUGGACUUCUGUGGCUCGUCAAAUCCAGCCCAAUAUCCCUUGCCCUGCCCUUUGUACUCAUCCUCACUAUCCCUUUGCGAAUGCUGAUGACUGGUCAUCUGUUCACCAAACUGGAGAUGAAAUGUUUGGAUGCCGAUGACGCCAAAGUGACAUUUGAGGAGGAGCCUGGGCAGGAUGUGUACUGUGAAACCCAAAUGCCUUUGUAGUCACCUUCCAUUAUAGCUGCUGUCACUUUUAAAAAAAAUAAGAAAAAAAUCUAUUUAUUCUAUUUUAAGCUAAAUAAAAUUUCAACUUCUGGAUGAACACAAA